AAUUGACCCGAUAAUAAAUUGAUCGGUAUUUUCAUUUUUGGAUCAUAUUGUUUGCUUUGUAAGUUGAUUUAAUCAAAUUUUGAAAAAAAGAAAAAUGAAAUUGUUUGCCAUUUUCGUGGUCAACCUAAUUCUCAUCAGUUCGUCAGUUCUGGCCGGACCUAUCGAUGUCACGGAAACAGAAGAAACAUAUCCAACAACCGUAACUGAAGAACCUUCAACUAUGACAACAAUCGUAGAAACAACAACCGAACAAAUGAAAACAACACGAACACCAUAUCAUUCUUCAUUCAAAAAUACGGAUUGUAAUUUUACAGCAUGCGUUGCACCAGAUUGUCAAUGUUUACAGGAUCUGCCACCGAAUGGAAUGAAUAUCGAUGAUAUACCACAAUUUGUAAUUGUCACAUUUGAUGGUGCUGUUACUGUAACAAAUUUCCCUUAUUAUCAAACAUUGUUUGAUUUCAAAAAUCCCAACAAUUGUCCAAUAGAAGCUACAUAUUUUGUAUCACAUGUAGAUAGUAAUUAUAAAUUGGUACAUGAACUUUAUCGUCGUGGCAAUGAAAUUGGUGUACAUUCAAUCAGUAAAGCCAAAAAUAAUAAUCAAGAAUUUUGGAAAUAUCUAGAUUAUGAAGGAUGGCGACAAGAAAUGGGUGGACAACGACAAAUUCUUUCGAAAUAUUCAGAAAUUCCUAUCGAAAAAAUUCGUGGUGUACGAGCUCCGAAUCUUCAGACAGCCGGAAAUGUUACAUUCACUGCUUUUGUCGAUGAAAACUUUGAAUAUGAUUGUUCGAAUCCAUCACGUCGUGGUAUUAAUUCGCCGUUUUUCCCAUAUACAUUUGAUUAUGGCUUUCAACGUGAAAAUGAUUGUCAAGUACAACCAUGUUUGAAAAAAGGAGAAAAUUAUCCGGGAUUCUGGGAUGUACCAAUGAAUGAUUGGGAUGUCGAAUAUGAAGUACAAGGAGUAAAAGUUCAUCGUGAAUGUGCUAUGGCUUCUGCAUGUAUUAUGUUCAAUAAAGAUGGUAGUGUUAUCUAUCACCCAACUGCUGAUGAAAUAUAUGAUUUGUUUGAAUAUAAUUUCAAUCACUAUUAUAAUGGUAAUCGUGCACCAUUUCCAUUAUUUCUAAGCGAAGAAUGGAUGCAUGAUGAAGCCAAACGUAAUGCAUUACAACGUUUUAUCCAGGAUAAAUUAGAAAAACAUGAUGUAUUUUUCGUAUCGAUUGAUGAAGUAUUACAAUGGAUGCAAUCACCAACCAAUGUGCAUGAAUAUAUUGAAAAAACUAAACAAUGUAAACCAAUUGUCAAAACAAAAUGUGGCCUGAAAGAUGGUGAAAUUAUCAAUGAUAUUUCGCAAUUUAAACGAAAAUGUGAUUAUGAAAAAAUCGAUGAAUUGAAUGGACAAAGCAAACGUAUGGUUAUCUGUGACGAUUUACAUUGCCCCGAACAUUAUCCAUGGCUAAAUCGUUUGUAAUAACAAUCGUUAUUUUUUGAAAUGUCAAUGUCACAUGGAAUAUUCCGAAGAAAUUGGUUCAUUAAUCAUCAUAAAACUUAGUUAUUGCAAAAAACAGAUUUGCACAAAAAAGUUUGAAAUUUUUGUACUUUUUCCCCUCUUCUUUUGUUUUCGUUCAAUAAAGCACAGAAUCAAAUCCGACCCCUCCACCACCAGCACCACCGCACAGAAUAAAAUUAAAAUUAAAAUAUGAAUUAUUACACUGCA